AUGAUGAAUAAAAUACUGGAAGACUAAUGGUCAUGGAGUUUCUUUCAAAAAUAAAAUUUGUUUAAAAAGAUAUUUUAAGAAACAAAAUUAAUACUAAAAUUAACUACGCCCUAUAAUUAUAAUGUUAGAAUUAGUUUGCUAAGAAAAAGAAAAAUUAAAACAGGAUUCAGAGGGAACUUAUAAAAUUGGGAUGUAUCUAAUACAAAUGACGAAAUAGUUGAAUUUAAACUUUAAUAUUUAAAUGAUUAUCCUGAUAUUUUAGAUUAAAUUGUAGCUGAGAUGAAAAAGAAAGGAUUAAAUAAUUAAAUAUUCAAUUAAAUAGUAAAUAGGUAAUGGAAUUAACUAGAUAAUAUUAUUUCUUAAGUGAGUAAUAAUAACCAAAAUAACAAAAACAUAUCAGAAAGAAUUUUGUUAAUAUGUUUGCAAAAAAUAAAUACUGUUUUCAUCUUUUCAGAAUUAUUAAAAAACUUUUAUCCUAUUAAAGAAUUAAUUAAAAUAAAUGCUAAUGAUAGAUACGAUUUAAUUUUUAAGAUUAUAUUCGAAAAUUAAUAGAUAAAUUUGCAUUAAUAGAUUAUUUAAACAUUAUGA